AUGGACGCCAUCAAGAAGAAGAUGCAGAUGCUGAAGCUCGACAAGGAGAACGCCUUGGAUCGAGCAGAGCAGGCAGAGGCCGACAAGAAGGCGGCAGAAGACAGGAGCAAACAGCUUGAGGAGGACAUCGCGGCGAAGGAGAAGUUGCUGCGGGUGUCGGAGGACGAGCGGGACCGGGUGCUGGAGGAGCUGCACAAGGCGGAGGACAGCCUCCUGGCCGCCGACGAGGCCGCCGCCAAGCUGGAAGAUGAGCUGGUGUCGCUGCAAAAGAAACUCAAGGGCACUGAAGAUGAACUGGACAAAUACUCUGAGGCUCUCAAAGAUGCCCAGGAGAAACUGGAGCUGGCGGAGAAAAAGGCCACUGAUGCUGAAGCUGAUGUAGCUUCUCUGAACAGACGCAUCCAGCUGGUUGAGGAAGAGUUGGAUCGUGCUCAGGAGCGUCUGGCAACAGCUUUGCAGAAGCUGGAGGAGGCUGAAAAAGCAGCAGAUGAAAGCGAGAGAGGUAUGAAAGUCAUUGAAAGUAGAGCCCAAAAGGAUGAAGAAAAAAUGGAAAUUCAGGAGAUCCAACUGAAAGAGGCCAAGCACAUUGCUGAAGAUGCCGACCGAAAAUAUGAAGAGGUAGCCCGUAAGCUGGUCAUCAUUGAAAGUGACCUGGAACGUGCAGAGGAGCGGGCUGAGCUCUCAGAAGGCAAAUGUGCCGAGCUUGAAGAAGAAUUGAAAACUGUGACCAACAACUUGAAGUCACUGGAGGCUCAGGCUGAGAAGUACUCUCAGAAGGAAGACAAAUAUGAGGAAGAGAUCAAGGUCCUUUCUGACAAGCUGAAGGAGGCUGAGACUCGAGCUGAGUUUGCGGAGAGGUCAGUAACUAAAUUGGAGAAAAGCAUUGAUGACUUAGAAGAGAAAGUGGCUCAUGCCAAAGAAGAAAACCUUAGUAUGCAUCAGAUGCUGGAUCAGACUUUACUGGAGUUAAACAACAUGUGAAAACCUCCUUAGCUGCGGCCACAUUCUUUUAUUUUAUUUUUUGUUGUUUUGUUUCUAAACACCUGCUUACCAUGAUACCCCUUAAAUGCAUUUUUAUUUACUUUUACCACCAUCACAGAAACAUCCACAAAACACCAGCUAGGGCAGGAGGUAGGGAGAAAACACCAAAAAAGGCAAGCCCAUGUUAGGGCAAUAAUGGUUUAAAUGUGCCAUUUCCCAGGUUGACAUUGCCACACUUUACGUAGAGUUUAGCCACACAGUUUGCUUAGUCAGUGGAAGACUCCUCACUGAAGCAGAAAGAUUUCCACUCAAAGUGCCAAUGAUAGGGGCAACAGGAAGAUUGAUGUCAGAGACAAUCAGUUGUGGAUUGGUGCUACUUUAAACAAAAUGUCCUCUGUGGUCUUUUGUUCAAUAUUGUACAAUUUAGAAUUUUGAACAACACUAUUUUGUCUUGAGUUUUACUGCAAGAUAAGACUAUGAUCCAGUAUGCCUGUGUUCACUGAAGCCAAGGGUUUGAAAGCCACACUGCUCUUCUAAGGCUUCCAUUCCUUUCUGAUUGGCACACUUGCAGCCCAUUACAACUACUGUAGAAUAGCAUUCAGUGUGGAUUUCCACUCUUUCCCAUUGUCCAUGUUAAAGUGAAAGGUUUAGGCACUACAUACAAUUGGUAAAGAAAAUACAUUUUCUUGAGAGUUAUAACUAUAUGUAAACAUUGUAUAAUGAUAUGAAAUAAAAUGCACAUUGUAGGACAUUUUCUAAA